AUGUCCAGUACCAAAGUUGCCAGGAUCAAAUUUGAGCAUCACCACAGCGGUCUUGGUGUUGACACGUCCAGGCCUCGACUUUCAUGGACUUUUGAAACAUCGUCCUCGACAGCUACAUCAUGGACACAAACUUCUUACCAAGUUGAGGUCACCUUCUCUGGCACAUCUAAUGCACACCUCUUCGCCAUCGAAAGUGAAGAAUCAGUUUUGGUGCCAUGGCCAGCGAGGCCACUUUCAUCCCGCGAAUCCGCGUCAGUUCGCGUGAGGGUAUACGGUACAAGCCUCGAUCAAGACUCUCCUAUGCUUGAACCUAGCCCUUGGUCGACUCCUGCGACCGUUGAGACUGAUCUUCUUGACAGCAGCGACUUCAAAGCGAGCUUCAUUGCCUCGGCUAAACGAAUUGGACCUUAUGGACCAUUACGACCGAUCCGAUUCUACAAGGAGUUCACUUUACCGCAAGAUGCAACAGACUUCUCUCGUGCUCGAUUUUACAUAACAGGUCUUGGUGUCUUUGAGGCAACUAUCAAUAGCCAACGUGUGGGUGAUGAGGUCCUGGCCCCAGGUUGGACAAGUUACAACCAUCGUCUGAUUCAUCGUAUCUACGAUGUUACCUCCUUGAUACUCCCUGGCCAGAAGAACAUCAUCAGUGUUGAGGUUGCCGAAGGCUGGUAUGCAGGAAGGCUCGGCUUCAAUGGUGGCAAGCGGUUUCGAUAUGGCGAGGAGCUAGGGAUACUUGCUCAGCUCGAGGUCCAAGAUACAGCUGGCAAAGUAUGUUGGGAUCUUGUCUCAGAUGAUACUUGGUCAUGCACCACCACUCCCAUUAUAGCAAGUCAAAUCUACGAUGGAGAGGUUCACGAUAUGAGCCAUGUAUUUCCGAACCCUUUGGGUACGAGGAUUCUUCUGAGACCAUCAGCCCAACUUGUGGAACCCGACAUUCCUCCUGUCCGUGUCACUGAGACCAUAUCCUGCAAACGUGUCUUCAGAACUCAGAGCGGCAAAAUAAUCUUGGACUUUGGUCAGAACCUCGUGGGAAAGCUCUUCAUACCGAGCCUUCCUACAGAGAAGGACAAAGGCAUCACCUUUCGUCAUGCUGAAGUUAUGGAAAAUGGAGAGUUGGGAACACGACCACUUCGUGACGCGAAAUGUUGCGAUACUAUCAUUGGUUCAGGUGAGACUCUGUUGGAUUGGUCACCCAAGUUCACAUUACAUGGCUUCCGAUAUGUCGAAGUUGAAGGAUGGCCGGGUGCUGGUCCGUCGCCUGAUAACGUCCAAGCGAUUGUGCUUCACACCGACAUGGAACGAUGA